AUGCUUGGGAUUCCAUUCCUCAGCAAAUACCUCAAAGAUAUUGUUCAAAUCCAAGCCGUCUCGGAUACGGUUGAUCGAUUGAAUUACUAUGUAACCUCAUAUUUAUUGGCUUUCUUCGCUUUUGCCAUCUCGUGUAAGCAAUAUUUCGGAUCACCGAUCCAAUGCUGGACACCAAAGGAGUUUAGUGGUGCUUGGGAUCGCUACACGGAGAACUAUUGCUUUAUCGCCAGUUCUUACCAUAUUCCGAUUGAAGACGAGAUCCCAACGGCAAUCGAAAGUCGAUCAGAUCAAAUCUCGUACUAUCGAUGGGUACCCAUUGUGUUGGCUUUACAAGCGGUGAUGUUCUAUUUGCCGAAUUAUCUCUGGAAUGCGCUGCAAUCGCAUACAGCAAUCAAUCCAGCUGGUUUCCUUGAUGAAGCAGGCCGGGUGAAAAGAUCUCAUGGAAAGGAUCGUGAUCGAGAGAUUGAGACGUUGGCCAACUAUUUCUUGGAAUCAGUUUCCAUUUUUAAAUCACCAAACAGUGCGCUGAAGUCAACGAAAGCUCGCUCGGGCCGCAAUGCUGUGUUUUUGUAUCUCUUCAUCAAAGCACUUUACGUCCUCAAUCUUGUGGCUCAAAUUUGGGUGGUCGACAAGUUUUUGGGUGGAAAGUUCAUCACUUGGGGAAUGGCCAAUGUGCAAAACAUUUUGAUGGCCAACGAGUUAGACGAUGGAACAGUUUUCCCUCGCGUGGUGCUAUGUGACUUCCAAGUUAGACGGCUGGCGCAACUCCAUCGCUACACUGUUCAAUGUGUGAUCAUGAUGAAUAUGAUUAAUGAGAAGGUCUACCUGUUUCUUUAUAUCUGGUUCAUGGUCCUUUUCAUCUUUACCACCGUCAAUUUCUUCUACUAUUGCUCGAUGUUGUUGCUUCCGUUUAUGAGACAUCGAAUGCUCUUGAUUGGAUCUGAUCAUCAUGAUUCUAGAGGAAAAGGCCUCGCCAAAUAUCGAGCUCGCUUCGUGAAAGAGUGCGCAAUGCCUGAUGGAGUAUUGUUGUUACAAUUCGUCAGAGAACAUGUCGGUGGACGGAUCGCUUUUGAGCUCACAAGCAAGAUCAUGGCUCUCUACACAAAUGAUGGAAUGUCCUCUUUCAAGACUUAUUCGGAUUCAUCGAUUGAACACGAUAAAAUGCCAUUGUCAGGCUCUGAAAAGAGCACUCCACCGAGGUUUUUCUCAAAUGGAGGCCCAAACGCUCCACCAUACGAUCAAGCAGACACUUUAAGGAUUCGUCACUCCGAUGAAGGAUCAAAGAGAAAUGCCGUUUCUCCUACCGAUGUC